AAAAAAUGGAGAGCAAUUAAAAUAGGCAGCCGAGCCUCUGGCUCUUCUUGACAUACAGUGAGUUUCACGGCCAGUCCAGGACCAAGUCCCAGCCCUGCAGCCCCUGCCCAGCCCUCAAGACCUCCCCAAGGCCAGUUCCUGAUGAAUGACAACCAUCUCCCCACAUUGGAGGACCAAGUCCUCUGCCCCAUUUGCCUGGAGGUGUUGCGCAACCCGGUCACUACCGCCUGCGGGCACAACUUCUGCAGGACCUGCCUCCAGGGUUUCUGGGACCACCAGGCAGCUGUGGGAGAGACGCUGUAUUGCCCCCAGUGCCGAGAGAGCUUCCCCUCCAGGCCUCGCCUCUGCAAGAACGUCAUCCUGGAGGAGAUGGUGACCCGUUUCACCCAGGCCAAGGGCCAGGCCUUGGGGUCCUCUCAGAACCUGGCCGGGCCCAGAGACGUGCCCUGCGACUUCUGCCCAGAGAAGCUCAAGUCAGUAAAGUCGUGCCUGCCGUGCAUGGCCUCCCUGUGCGAGAAGCACCUGCGCAGCCACUUCGAGGACCGGGUGUUCCAGGGCCACCAGCUGCUGGGGCCCGUGUGGGACCUCAAGAGCCAGCUGUGCCGGAAGCACUGCAAGCUACAGAGGCUGUACUGCCGCACGGAAGGCUGCUGCGUGUGCGGGGCCUGCCUGCUGAAGGAGUGCAAGAACCACGACACCAUCCCCCUGGAGGAGGAGCGUGCCAGCAAGGAGGUCGAGGUUCGGAAGGUCCAGGCCAACGUGGAGAACCAGAUGCUGAUCAUCACCUCUGACAGCCAGCAGCACCGGGGCCAGGUGGCUUUUCUCUCGAAAUUGAUCCAGACAACUCGGGAUGAGGUGAUCACCUGCUUCUCGGAGAUCAUCCAGGAGAUCAAACGGAUGCAGAUGAAGGUCUUGGAUUUCAUGGAGAAAGAGGAGGCGGCCGCCCUGGGGAAGCUGGGCAGCUCCAUCCAGCAGAGCCACAAACGGCUCCUGAAGCUGGAGGGGGACAGCAUCUGGCUCCGCACCCUGCUCGCCAGCCGGAGCGACCAGCAAUUUCUGCAGGAGUUCCCUGGGCUGAAGCACUUCCCGGCCUGCAUGGAACCCCUGGCGGGCACCAACCGUGAGGAGAAGCAGAGCUUCCUCCAGCUGCCAGAGACCUCGGCAGAGCUCCGCACCCGCCUGGCGGACGUGGGUCUCGGCUUCAUCAGCCAGCUCUUCCUGAGGGCCCCUCCAUCUUCCCCCGGCAUCAGGAUGCGCUCCUGUGAGGUGCUGCCGGCUGUGGACAGGGGGACACUCCUCAAGUGUUAUUGCAACCUAAACUUCGACCCCGCCACGGCCAGUGAGGAGCUGUUCCUGUUCAAGGAGACCCACUCAGUGGUGAACCUGGGCAUCCUCCUGGAGCUCUUCGCCGCGGGCGGCCCCUUCCCGGGCGGCUUCAAGCAGUGGCCGCAGGCGCUGUGCUCGCGCGGCCUGGCAGAGGGCUGCCACUACCGGGAGGCCGAGGUGUCCAACUCGUGGGUGUGCCUGGGCGUCACCUACCGUCGCCCCCCCCUCCCCCCCCCGCUCGGCGGCCGCCCGCGCCGCAACAUCAUCUACCUGCUGGGCCGCAACCCCUACUCGUGGUGCCUGGAGUGGGACUCGCUCAAGUUCCCCGUGUGGCACAGCAACACGCAGACGGUGCUGCGUGGCGGCUACCACCGCACGCUCGGCGUGGGGCUCGACUGCGGCGCCAGCUGCCUCUCCUACGGCGUGGCGGGCGGCGUGAGCCUCACCUACCGCUUCCUGGCCUCCUUCCUGGAGCCGCUCUACCCCGCCGUCAUGGUCAGCAGCGGCGCCUCGGUCACGCUCAAGCAGCGCCCGGAGGCGUAG